GAUGGAUGAGCUCCCAUUGAGAAUUGAUUGGUAAAGAUGACGUCAAAUAGCGCCUUUAUAGGAUACUUUAGCACAACUGGUCGUGUCCUUCAUGAACCAUGUCGUAGUAAGAUAAGAAUACUGUAUUCUUCUUCUUUUGUAAGCUUGCAACGUUGUGUUCUCCCCAAGUUGUUGUUGUUUACAGGUAAACAAAGGAUUUCAGCUUCUGGGGAAACGGUUGUAGUUUUUGGAGGGUCGGGUCGUUUGGGAAGAAGAGUUGUUGGUGAACUGAUAAAACAAAACUAUCGAGUGGCUGCUGGUGGAAGAAACGUGGAAAGAACGAAACAAGUUGUUCAGGAAAGGAUAGAUAAUGUUCAGCAGUCGAACCUUGUAGAAUUUUUUGAAUGCAAUGUAGCAGAAAGAGCUAAUUGGUUUCAGAAAUGGAGUCCUGAUAAUGUAAAAGCAGUGGUUGCUGUUAUUGGUGCAAGUGGAAGUAGUAUAUUGGAUUUCACGCAGCCCUAUAAGAUUGACUAUUUGGGAAACAAGAAACUAAUCGAUGCUACAAGAGCUUGGAACCCAAACUGUCCUUUUAUUCUGAUUACGUCUUUAGGGACAGGAAAGCCCUUUACUGGAUUCCCUGCAGCACUACUCAAUUUAUAUGGUGGCAUAUUAUACUGGAAGAGAAAAAGUGAAAGAUAUCUUAUUCAGAGUGGUCUUCCUUUUACGAUUAUUCGUCCUGGUGGUCUGGAAAGAGCAAAAGAUGACUUUGGAGUGGAUCAUAAAGUUCGAUUAUAUCCUGCAAAUAGCCAAUUUAGUGGUUCUGUGUCAAGGCUACAAGUAGCUCAAGUAAUUGCAGAUGCAAUAUCCAAUCCCUAUUUAUCCCGUGGAAAGAUAGUGGAAGUCAUUGCGUUGUAUGGAGCCAAGGAAAUUCCUUUACAAGAUCAGUGGAAGCGUAUUACCGUGUAAUUAGAAGAAUAAAGGAUAUAAACAUGUA